GCGCCUCCGCGGCUGCUGGGCCGAGCGGCGCCGGGGCCGGGCCGCGCCGCGCACCACGGUCUGCCCCAGGGCUUUGGGAAUCGUCCUUCAGAGAGGCAGAACCCAUCCGGCGCUGCUCAGCCCGUCCCGCUGCGGAGCAAACCCACGGCCGUGGAGACACCGUCCUGCCCGCUGAGGUGCUUCACGGGCUCCCAGCCAGCGGCUCGUGUGCGUGUGGUCCCUUUGCAAGAUGAGACACGUGGCGGCAUCACCACUGAUAAGCUUUCAGAAACCCUGGCUUCUUGUUUCUGAGGCACACACAUCCCUGCUGGCUCUCCCACGUGGAGUGUGCACCCACCAGCGGCUCGUGGCUCCUGGGGGUGUUCUCCUCUGAGCUCGAAGCAGCAGCAGCAGCUGACCUAGGCUGACCCAGCACGGUGUAUUUCGGAGCUGCAGGGCAGGAGCUGUGGCCUGAGGAGCCAUCCUUGAGCAGAUGACUGACAGUGUCAUGAACGGGAGGGUCCCUCUGCCUGAGAAAGCCUUGUCCGAGGGCUAUGCCCGGCUGCGGUACAGGGACACCUCUCUGCUCAUCUGGCAGCAGCAGCAGCAGAAACUGGAGUCAGCUCCCCCCAACACUUACCUGAGCCGGAGCCGGAGCAUGUGGUACUCGCAGUACGGCAACGAGGCCAUCCUGGUGCGGGACAAGAACAAGCUGGAUGUCUCCAGGGACACGGGCCAGUCUAAGUUUUGUGCCAUUAUGUAAUUUCGGUGGGUUUGCAUCAGAAAACCACACGUGGAGACGAGUCAGACUCACAUCAAGGUGGGGUGAUGGCUCUGCACCACCCUCCUGACAAGGCAGCGUGUGGGGGGUUGGCCACAAAGGCUCGCUGAGGUUGACAUUUGUUUUCACUGUCGGUAGCAUCAGGUUUUUGCAUGUCAGUGAGCGUGUGUGACAAAUACAGCCUCCCUCGGGGCCUCACGAGCCUGUGCUUGCUGCCUGGCAUCUUGGCAGGGUCCACGCUGGGCCAUGUGUUGCUUCUAAGUGGCUUGUGUACCGUGAGAAACACCCGCUGUCAUUUGGGAGCCAUCCCCAGCAGCCACUUCUGCUUGUUAGUCCUCGUGUGUUGCCAAAGCUCUGCUGGGAGAGGUGAGCACAGAUCCAUCAAGGCUCAGAUUUUAGGAAGGUGAGCUGCAAAAACUUCCAGGCCAUUGCUUCUUCUUACCCUGCCUCCCUUUAAACACUGCCCUGGAAGUGGUCUCUUUACAACCACCUAAUGGAGUGAUUUACUGGGAGGAGGGAAGAGGGAAUUAAUUCCAUCUGAGCUUUCAAACCACCUGGCAGGAGAGGUGAGCUGCAGGUUCACCCUUCUCUGAUGCCACAGUUUGGUAUCGUGGCAAUCACAGACAGGAUCUCUGUGGCGCAGGGAGAUCCCCAGCCCAUGCUUCAGGAAGGGAUCACCAAGUGAACCUCUCUGCCAGGCCCAGAGAGCAGCAGGAAGAAAGCUCCUGUAAAUAGCCACAUACCUCCUGCUAAGGGACACAAGGAAACUCCUGCCCAGCGGCUUCCUGCCCCAGAGACAGAAGGAAACAGUCUACAGAAGCUUGUUGUGCACCUGAGUUUCAAUGCAUGCAGUAGCUUGGAAGGGUUUGUCCCCUAACUUGGGUUGGAUAAUAGAUCUGGUGCAUGCAUUUUAGAAGUUGUGCCUGGCAGUGUUUAACUGACUGAAGGAUUUUAGGAGGGAAAAGUACAACAGUCGCACUUUUGGGGAACAGAGGCUGCUUUCGGGUUGUUUCCGUUGGAGCUGAGUCCUCACCUUGCUGAAGGCAACAAUCAAGCGGAGAAACUCAACCCAGCAAGCACCUGAGUCUUUAUCAGAAGCAGUGCUGCUUCCAGGGGUGCUCAUGGUGUGAAAGCUGGGCUGAGGUCCUGCCUGAGCCAUCCCACUGCAGCCCCCCCUGUACCUCAUCCAGCAGCGCCGGGGCUCAGGCUCAGCUUCAGGCAGAUCAGUAGUUGAUGUUGCCUUCAGUAAUGGAUUAUUUCCUCUGCCUAAAGUUAGGCACAGUUUGUUAACUUCCUUUAAUUUAUCUAAACCCUCUUCUGUGGUGCUUUUGUCAAGCACUUUAUUUAUUUAUUUAUUAGUCGAGGAGGGAGCCCUUCCCCGGGGUUUCAGUUCUCCCUGUGCCAAACCCCACGUGCUGAGCAGGACAUCCCUGCUUCACCCUGCUUUGGUGUCCUCAGCCCUGAUACAUAUCCUGUAUCUGCACUGCAAACCACAGGCAGCUCAUUUGUGGGGGUAUUUUUGUAUCUUAUUUAUGCAUGUGGUGGUGUUUGGUACCUUCUGUGUGAGCUCCUCAAGCUAAACCUGCUGCUGGGCCUCGGUGCGUCGCAGCCCUCUGCUCACUCGUGUCAGGCCUCCUCUUGCCAGGACUAGUUCUGCCUGCAAAAUAUUUUGGUGAGUAAAGGUUUUUCAACAGGGGAAAGACAUUUGACAUGAUCACAGCAGUGCCUGUUUAGGGGCAGGAGGCCACGAGCCCCUCUGGAGCAGGGGUGAGAAGGGCCUGGAGAGGCAGGAGUGGGAGCUCGGGGCCUUUCCAGCAGCCACACUGAGAGCUGAAACAACAGCACAUCCCCUAAAGCACCUGUUUUUCUGUACUUAUAGAAAAAAAACACACAAGAAGGUUCAUUGUUUGGGUGUAAUCAGUCUAUUUAUGUGGCUGAUAAACCAAAAAGCAGUUAUUUUGAGUGGUAAUUGUUCUGUACAAGAACACUGAACUGUGUGCAGGAACUUCCAGGACUGAGGCUGGGCAUGACUGCACAGGAAGAGUGUGGUUCUCCCAUCUCCCCAUGGCUGUGACUCUGCUCAUUUCCAUCUGUAUGUGUCCUCAUCAGUCACAGCAGGUCAGCAGAGGGGCUGCUGUGGGUGAGCAUUUCUGUCAGCCACUCCUCUAGUGUUGGUGUUUAAAAU